UUCCUUCAACUAUCUCCACUUAAAAAAUCACGACAAUUCGUCGCUCCGUUUUGCAGUGAAAGACGGACAAACAAACAGACACACACACUUGCCCAUUUAUAAUAUAUUAUAGUAUAUUACAUACUUGAUUGGUAAAAGUAAAUCAUAUUAUUGGGUUAAAUUCUAGAAAGAAGAUAAACAUGGAAAUUCGGGACAGGAACCUAAAGUGGAGACCUCCAAUACGUGCUCGAGAAUAUUUCUUAAUUCUGUAUUGUAACAAAAGGAAAAUAUGUUGUAAACAGGAUUCACAGGAAGGUAUACAAGCCUGGAAUUCAUUAAGCCCUGCAGAACAAAAGGUAUUUGUUGACAAGUUUGAGAAGUGGCAGAUUGAAAAUGAAAAUAAAUUUACCAGUAUCUUAGGACGUGCUGAACCAUUUUUAAAGAAAAAGAAAACAAGAAAUAAAGGAAAUAUUGAAUCAACUUUGAAUACAACUAAACAUGAUUGUGAUGUCAGUCUAUCAGAAUCUAUAUUGAAUGUCUCCACUAAUUCACUUAGUAAUGCUCAGUCCAUUGCAGAUUCAGUAUUUAAACAGGAAGAUAUUAAUGUUGAUUUUUAUAUGGAUUGUGAUGACCAGUCAGAAUCAAUGAUCAACCUUAGAUAUGAUGAUACACCCAAUGGUGACAGUGGUAACACAGAAGAACCAAGACAAUAUUACACUGCCUCAGUUAUUGAUGAAGACAUAGAUGAGCCCACAGCUCCGGGAGCAACAAAUGAGACGAAAGAAAAUGCAUCAUUUACUGAACCAAUGUUGCCGACUGUGAUGAAGCCCAAGGAGCUGUUUGAAAUAGUUAAAAAUAGUGGAAGACGACCUGAGCUCGCCACCCUCGCAUGGAAGGACCUGCCGAAGAACGAGAAAUUAAUGUACAGUCGAGCCGUUCGUAAAAUUAAAAGAGAUUACCUUAAACAAUAUGAACAGUAUUUAGAGAGCUUGCCAUCUCCAGAAUUAUUUAAACUAUACAUUAAAUUUAAAAAGGAAAUUAUCUAAAAA